AUGGCUCAGACAUGGGCCCGGUUUUGCCCCAACCUCGAUAUUGUACAAUACCGGGAGGCUCUCAGCAACGAGAAGAAACCAGAGCUUGACCGGAGGGCAAACAAGUUGGCCAGAGGGCGUGCGCCAACCAAUUGUACAAGUCUUCCGAGUUUGGCUGGGAAGGACAAGAGGCCAUACGAGUUCGUGCGAACGGACGACAGUGGACAGAGGACCGUGGAAACGCGGAUUCCUGACGCGACGCUGGGGCUCACAACAUUCGACGACUAUUUCCUCGAGCGCUGUUUUGGCUGCGCCGUCCGCGACUGCAAAGACGCGCAUGGCGAGAGGCAGCCCGACCUCAGGCUCUCGCAGGACCGACUGCGCGACAUGAUGCACAACCCUCAGUGCGGCCUCGCCGUGGAUGGCGUGGGGGGAAGACGGACCUCGUCUUCCCAUAUGCCGCCUACGAGGCUUAAAAGCGAGACAUAUCUCGCCAUGUUGGACGACCUGGUCCGAGACCCUGACAACGUGGCCGAGUACCAAACGGCCGACAGCAACGGAUACCAGCUUUUUGCCUUCACUUCCUGCGGUUCUUACUGGGAGGUCUACAUAGCCUGGAACUUCCUCAACACUUGUUUCGUGGAGAUCAUCUGGGAAGGCGAUGUGAAGCAGUUCAGCCGUGCAUACGAUCUGAUAUGCAUCGUCGACCAGAUUCACGACUACGCGGUCAACAACCACCGCGAAUUCGUCAUGAAGCAUCUCGAAGCAUGGCAUGCCCGGCAUGAAAAAACACGACAGCCACAUGCAAGCAGGUCAUCUGCUGAAACCUUACCUGCCGGAAGAAAACCGAUGGAUGGGACAUCGGAUCGCUCGGAAGAUGAAUCGAGCGAAUCAGACGGAACAGACGCCGAAGACAGGAACAAGCCUGGUGACGUUGAUGCAGACCACCUUGACGGCCUGAUGGACCUUGAUACGGGGUUGCCUGAAUGGUUCCUCCUCAAACAGAGAUCGAAAUGGGCGAGGCAAGACAAGGCACAAGAGACACGAGAACGCAACCGGAAACUUUGCAGAUCCGUCCCAUCUCUGGACACCGACUCGCUAGGACAGAGAAGCAACGCCACAACCGCCCCCAAAAGGCAGAGGAAAUGA